CACUCGUGUCAAACAAAGGCAGAGAAGAUAUGGCUCAAUUAGACAGCCGUAGUUCUAUAAUCAAAGGUAAAUAGAUUUAUAUAGGUGAAUCGAGUUGUGGAGGCCAAUGGCAAAGCGAUACUUCAGGUAUACCCGUCCAAGCAAAUCACAUAUUCGAUCCUUCAUGUAAUACCUGGCAAGUGGGUGGGAGGGUGUGCAUUUUUAGGGUGCCUAACCCCAUAAUGGUUGGGAAUCGGGAAGCUUAUCUUCCUUCCACUGUAUCGUUGGGACCUUACCACCAUAAUUCCAACGAUAUAGUAUCUACAAUGAACCAACAUAAACAAGAAGCAGUUCGCAGAAUGGUGUCAAGGAUCAAGAGAGAUGGGGCUUUCCUGAUGAAAAGGAUACAAAACAUGGAGAGAGAUAUCAGAGAGUGCUAUGAAGAAAAAAUAAACUGCGAUGGAGAAACAUUAUGCUGCAUGAUGGUAUAUGACGCAUGCUUUAUUCUUGAAUUCUUUAGAUGUGCGAGUAGAACAAAAGAUGAGAAUCCCCAAGGUUGGUUUAGCCUUGUUUUUCAAAAUAAGGAUUUCAAGAACUGUAUGCAUAGUGUUAUAUUAAGUGACAUUAUGAAGCUGGAAAAUCAGAUUCCUCUCAGUGUUCUCAUCGAAAUACUCCGAUUGGAAUUUGAUCAUCCAGAACCAGAGUUAGCUGCAAUGUUGAGUAACUCUGAACUGUUUAAAGGAUUUCCUUUCAAUGCGUCAUUAUCAGAUGAGGAUGUUAAUGAUGUUGUUAAAUCAAAACUCAAAGAUGAUGGUGUAAAAUCAAAGCUCAAGGAAUAUAUUGAGAAAUAUCCAUGUCAUCAUCUAUUAGAUCUGUUAACACCUGAAAGCUCAGAAUCGUAUAUUGCUUGUAGACUUGGUUAUGUGCAAAUAGCUUGUUCUCCCAAUCGUAGUAACUUUACCUCAGAUGCUGCUGAAUCUCUCGUUGAUAAAAGGUAUUCCCCAUGUGCGGAAGAAUUGCAGAACGCUGGUAUUAUAUUCAAAGUAGGCCAAGUCAGAUUUAGAAGGAGAAAGUUGGUAAACAGUAAGCUUUCACUUCCUCAAAUCACAGUGAAUUACAUGACAGAAACAUUGUUGCGGAACCUCAUGGCUUAUGAAGAGUGUCAAAGGUGCUCAUGGAAUCCAGAACCGACAGUAAUUUCAUAUUAUAUACGUCUCUUAGAUAAUUUAAUCAACUCAGAUAAAGAUGUUUCUGCCCUUCGAGAUUCUAAAGUCAUUAAGAGCCUCCUCGGGAGUGAUCAAGAUAUAGUUAGCAUAUUCAACCAUCUUCAGAUUGGUAUCACAGUUGAUCCCCUGGUUCGUCGUACAACUCCAACGAUCAACGGGCGCGAACCAAUUCAUGAAUAUGAAAUCAUAAAGAUAGAACUGAAAGAGCAUUACGAUACUAAAUGGAACGUGUGGUUAGCCCAGUUUAUGAAAGAGUAUUGUUCAAAUCCAUGGUAUGCUAUCUCUCUUUUGGCGGCGACAGGUCUUUUGUUUAUGACCCUGAUUCAAACUGUAUAUACGAUGAAAUAGAGCAGGUUUAUUAUCUCUCAAUACUAUUUAUUAUUAGGUACAUGUGAUCCUGAAUAAUGACUUGAUAUGUGUUAAACUCGUAAUAAUCACUCUAUAUUUGAUAUUACA